AUGUCUGCUGUCCCCCCAAAUUGUUCUCUUUACGAAAUACUUCAAAGUCCAUGCGGUUCUAGUAGGGAGGAAGUAGAUUAUGUUUUGCUCUCGGAAUGUAUAUAUAAAUAUUAUGUUUUGCUCUCGGAGAAUAUAUCCGCCCAUUUGGCUAGGUGCCACUUGUCAAAAUGCAUUGAAGUUACAGAAGCCAAGUUAAUCAUGGCGAGAGCGGGAAUUCAGCAUUUGUCGAGAAUUCAGCUCGAGGGAAUGACCAUCUGCCUGAGGUACAGACACCUACUGGGAAGAUUCUGGCGAGGCCCAAGAUCGUGCCAAUACCCUGGCCAUACUGGGAAAGUUACAAGUGUGACGGGCAGCCACGUCAUAACCUUCCAAAUAGCUGACGAAGUAAGACUUAUAUUCAAAGAAAUCGCCGCUGUAGGAUCACGUAAGUACCAAUAGCCUUGUGGCUCUCUCUAGUUCUGUUUCCUCAAAUGUCAAUAUCCCUAUAAGUUUUUGUUGUUGUUGGUCUCAUGUCCAUUUCCCUUGGUUAAUUAUUGGUGUCGCAAUCGUAAAUACAAAAAUGCGUGUUUUAUCAUCAAACAAGGAAAUUUCUUUAAUUCUUUUAUGCUAUUGCUACACUAAGACUACUGGGCAGCCUGGCUGGUGGUAAUGAAGGAAACAAAUAUAGUCCUGAGCGGUGAAUCUGCAUCUCCUUCCCAUGCCUCGCGCGAUGUCGCCCUCUUUUACUCGUCUCUGCGGUUCGAAAAAACUUUUCCUUUAUCUCACACCCACAGCGACAAGUGUUACGCACGAUAGAGACUAUAGGUCUCCUAGAUGUGUUUGAAACGCCUAGUAUUUCUCUUAGAAAUGACUUAGGCUAAGCUAGACGAUGAGGAUGAGGAUGAGGAUGAGGAUGAGGAUGAGGAUGAGGAUGAGGAUGAGGAUGAGGAUGACGAUGAGGAUGAGGAUGAGGAUGAGGAUGAGGAUGAGGAUGACGAUGAGGAUGAUGAAGACGACGACGAUUUAUCAGUUGUCUUGAUGCAAUUUUAUAGCUAUUUGCUCCACUUGCCGGAAGAAGCAUUCUGAGCGACUUUUGGGUUUGGGAUGGCACAGUUCUACGAAAGGCUCAGUCAACCUGGAAGCUGCAGAUUCCGAGAGGUUUGUUGGAUAUUUUAUUGCUCCUAAGAUACCUCACCACGCAAGCUGUUUAUUCGCAUGCCACGCCAUACAUCGAAAGCACAUGCCAAGUACGAAACUGAGACAAAAAUUGUGUUGGUGGCUGCAGAUUUAACUUUUUAUGGGAUAACAGUUACCCCUCUUUUCCUUUGUGAAUCCCUUUCUUUACCGACUCGUUCCUUCGAAGAGAACAUGUCCAAUAAUGUCCGUUCAUACCGUCAGUAAGAUUGUUUUAUCUUAUAGAGCGACCAAAGCUGAUGCAAGAACAGCCAUAGGAGCACAUGCUGCUGAAAUGGAGACAACGCCAUUUCGUCAGAUUUCUACCCCAAAUAGGAAACCCUUUUCUAGUCCCUGUUGGACUCCAGCAACUCCUGAAGCAACUUUCCGUCAGAUCCCCGAAGCAGAGAUUCUUGGUACUUACAAUGCUGCGAUGGACGAGGUUGCCAGAAAUAUUCCUCGCAAGCGACAGCCACUACUAUCACAGCUUGUCUCGUGGGAAGAAAGCAGUCCAGCCCAGCGACAGUUCUACAUCGAGAAAGCGGUUGAAGACUGUAUGCUCGUAUGUAAUGUGAUAGCCCCAAACGACGGCGAGACGCUCUUUCACGCCUUGUCUUCUCCAGGUGGAGAAAAGGAUGAGACAGCAGAAGCUGAUGAUUUGUUGAAAUCUUUGAUGACCGCUUACAAAAACGCCAAAACCAAAAGCAUCAAGAUACAAAUUCUUAUGCGUAUAAGUACUCGGUUAGCACAUCAAAAGAACUUCACUCGCCAUAUGGAAAGUUAUCUACACGACAGAUACAGAGAGCGCGGUGUCAUGCAAGAACGAUAG